CGAAGAUCUGGCUGCCCUGUUGGCUACGUGUGGUCACAAUGGUGAAGAGCGUGCCGGGGAAGAAGAAAACAGGGCCCAAAGAGAAGCGGCCGCGGCAGACCUUCAUCGUCGAAUGCCAGCAGCCGGUGAGCGCACUGGACGGCAGUGAGGGGAGGGAGGGAGGGACAGUCAGAGGGGUAGAAAGCCAUGGGGGAAAGCCGCGUGUCGCGGGGAGGCCGAUAUCACGCUGUUGGUGCCUCCGAUAUGUGUGUGUCAGGUUGAGGACAACAUCUUGGACGCGGCAGGCCUUGAGCAGUUCUUCAAGAGCAAGAUCAAGGUGGACAACAAGACGGGCAACCUGGGUGAGAAGGUGAUUGUGACCCGGGAGAAGACGCGCGUCAACGUCAAUGUGGAGCUGCCGUUCUCGAAGCGGUACCUCAAGUACCUGACCAAGAAGUACCUCAAGAAGCAGCAGCUGCGGGACUUCCUGCACGUCAUCGCGCCAAUCAAGAACAAGUACGAGCUCAGGUACUUCAACAUCAACGCCGAGGACGCUGAUGAGGACUAGUCAGUGUGGCGGUGCACAUGAUGUAGUGUGGCUGACCCGCUGGCUCCGUGUGUGGGUGGGUUCGGUGUGUGAUUGGAUGAUGCGACACUUCCGUGUUUGUGCUCUCAAUGAUUGAUUCACUUUCACAUGGUCGGUCUGUUCGUUCGUUGGUCGGUUCGUUCGUCGGUCACUGAGGUCUUAGUGUCAUCUCUCUUCCGUGUCUGUCUGUCUGUCUGUCUGUAUGUCGUUCCAUCCGCCCAUCACUCAUUCAU